CUGCUGAGUGACAGGCAGGCGGAGCAGCGCAUGGACGAACUCUUUUUGGUCCUCGGCGGGUGCCGUAGCACGCACUUCCACAACGUGCGAGCAGAGAAGUCAAGGCUCUGAACGGCUAAAAGUGCUGCAAGCGGAGACUCAACGUAUCAGCAAUCAUGGCAGAAAAGCAAGAAGAGAUGUCUCCAAUUGAGCUGAAAGUGGCCCGACAAAUUGAGUACUACUUUGGGGAUCACAAUCUUCCCAGAGACAAGUUUCUCAAAGAGCAAUUGAAACUUGAUGAUGGCUGGGUGACUUUGGAGACGAUGCUCAAAUUCAACAGACUGAAAUGUUUAACUACAGAAACCAGCGUUAUUGUUGAAGCUCUCCAGAAAUCCAAGACCGGUAUCUUGGAAGUGAGCGAAGACAAGACAAAGGUCCGGAGGUCACCAGACAAGCCGUUACCAGAAGUGAAUGAUGAUUACAAAGACACACUCAAACAGAAAUCUGUGUACAUGAAAGGUUUUCCCCUCGACAUUUCCCUUGAUGAGAUUCAGGAGUGGCUGAAUCCAAAAGGCACCAUAGAAAACAUUCAGAUGAGGAGAACCCUGCAAAGGCAGUUCAAGGGAUCAGUGUUCAUAUGUUUUGACACGGAGGAGUCAUCAAAGCUGUUCCUAGAACGUUCAGACAUAAAAUCCUUCAAAGACAACGAGAUGCUUGUGUUGUCACGAGAAGCCUACCAUGUAAAGAAAACAGAAGAGAGAAAACAAUUUAAAGCCGCGACAAAAGCAAAAGCUAAACAGAACGUGGAACAGCAGCAGAAAAAUGCUGAAGACAAAGAAAUGGGUCUGCUUUUGGAUGAACAGACGGGUUGCUUGUUGAAGUUUUCAGGAGAGCUAGAAGAUGUGUCACGAGAGGACUUCCAUGAAUUGUUCUCGGGGCAUGGAAAGAUUAAGUGGGUUAAUUUUACAAGAGGGGCCAAAGAGGGCACUCUCCUCUUCGACGGAAAUGCGACGGAGGCGUUCGACAAAGCCAAGGAAGCAAGCGGAGGGGAAUUGAAGAUCAAGGACAACAGUGUGAACUGGCAGGUACUUGAUGGAGAUGAGGAGAAAGCUGAACUGAAGAAUAUUAUCGAGGCACAGCAGGAGUCAUACAACCGCUCCAAAAACAGAGUCAGCAGAGGAAGAUCGGGUGGUCGGGGAAGAGGUGGCGGUGGAAGAGGAAGGGGAAGAGGUGGCAGAGGUGGAAGAGAUCAAGGCAGAAGUCAGUACAAGGGCAAAAAGACUAAAUUUGAAAGCGACGAUGAGGGCGAAAAACCGGUUGCCCCAAAGAGAGAACUAGAGGACAAUGAUGGUCCCGCAGCAAAGGUUCCCAAAACUGAAAACGGAUCUUAGUCACAUGGUCACAAGUGCACGCAGAAUUUUUGUGAAAAGAUUUAUUAACGGUGAAAAUGCAGAGGCCACUUGAAUCCAUUCCAGUGAAGUUUCAGGCUUUGGAGAAUCGUAUGAAGUCCACCUGGAUGUCAACCUAGAGAACCAUUUUCAAAACAUGGUCAAUUUUCAGCUUUUUAAGUCUUUAUAUUGUGCCUCUCAUCUGUAAACCUAUAUUUCUCUUAACAUGUUUUUGAUUUUAUUAUCCAACAAAUCUGCACGUUGACAUCAAUUCAAUUACACCUGAACAUUUAGUAUGUCGUGUAAGACCUGUGUGACAGUUAUUUUCCUUUGUUAGAAUCCCUACAGUGAAUGAUGAGAAUCUGCUUUGCUCUUUUUUGAUUUUAUUUUUUAUUAAGUUUCCAUAUGUGAAUAGCAAAUAAACCCCCCAAAAUAAAUCUAA